AGCAGGCAUGUAUUUUUUUCUCAUUCCUUUGUUCUUGAUUCCAAGUUUGCAACACGCAAGGCAGCAGCCGCCCAUCGGCUCAAGUGCCGCUCGAGCACGCGGCCACAACAGCCACCGCACCGCCCUGCGCGCAGGCGAGCAUGCGGGCACAACGGCCAUGGCACCGCCACGCAGGCGAGCGAGCAGGCCGCGCUGCCGUACGCAGGGCACCGCCACGCAGGCGAGCGAGCAGGUCGCGCUGCCGUACGCAGGCGCGCGAGCACGGGCCCAGCCGCUACUACUGCAGGCGAAACCAGACAUCGCCGCUCCGGCAAGUGGGCGCGCAGCCGUCGCAGCACCACCUCUACGGCACGAGGGCGUCGCGCCGCUGUUGCUUCAAAGGUGUGCUGACGAGCAGACGCGACCCCAUCGUGACCGAGCACAGGCCAUCGCUGUUGCGUACGAAGCUCAUGCUAUUGCUGCGCAGGCCAGCUCCCAUGCGCCGCCGCCGUCCCGCGGCAAGCGCGCAAGCCAAGCCACUGCGCCACGAGCACGAACACACAGGUUAAGCCACCUGCGCCGUUGCAAGUGAAUAUGUAGGCGCGGCUGAUUCCGCGGGCGGCGUUCCGACUGCCGCCGCUGCCACUCCAUGGGCACACGAGCCUGCAGGCACCGACCGCCACCGGCGACACGACCUCGAAGAUACGCAGGCUGGCGCGGGCACCACCGCCCCGAAGGCUGGCAGGCGCGCCAGCCGGCGCCGCAGCCUCGGAGGUAGGUAGGCACGACCGCCGCCGCCCCAAGUUUGCACGAACCGAAAAUAGGAAGGAAAGAAAAAAAG